UCUGAAGCUAAUCCUACUCCUACUGAUACUACUACUAUUCAAGAUCCAAAUCAAAUCAAUUCACCAAAUACUCCUAAAGCAUCAUCAUCUCCUGUUGCUGCUGCUGCUGCUGCUGCUGCCUCUCCUUCGUCUAAUGGUGGAAAUAGUGAUCCUAAUGAUAGUUAUACUGAAACUCAAGCUGUCAAUAAUGAUGGAAGUACGAAUACUAGUCUUGGUCUAGGAUUAGGUCUUGGUGUAGGUUGUGUAGCUGCUCUUGGACUUGCUGGACUUUUGGUACAUAAUAGACGUCGACAUCAAGAACAAAAAGAUCAAUUCAAUCAUGAUGAUAUGCAAGACUUUUCACAACAACCACCAUCACAAGAACAAAAUACACGAUGGCGUCCUCAAAGCUUUAUGGGAGUAGUUGCUUCUGUAGUUGCUAAAUUACCUAGAUCUCCUUCUCAAAGAUCUCAAGAAAGUGCAUCAAGUCGUGUUAGUCAUGGUAUGGCUGUAGGUUCUGGUUCUGGUGCUGUAGAAUUGGCUCGACAUCCAUCUGAUGGUUCCAUGCGAUCUAUCACUUCUCAACCUCCAGCUUUGGCAAGAGUAGAUGAAGAAUCUCAUCAUCAUCAUCAACACUAUCAAUAUUAGUUUUUAUUACUGUAGAUUCCUUCUCAUUAUUUUAUUUUUUUUAGUUUGUGUUUGAUUACCCUUAGUGAUGUUAUUACUUGAUAUUAGUUUUUUGAAGCUUUUGUAUUAGUUAUUCAAUAAAAUCAACUUUUUUUUUUA